CAAUAUGCUAAAGCGUUUCCUGAAGGGCUCCAGUAAUGGUAAGAGUAGGAGCCACCGUCACGCGCCAGGAAAUGGGGUUUCAUCUUAUGACACGCCUAGUAGUAGGCUGAGUCUUGGUGGGCAAUCCGUGUCUCCUGAUGGGGAUUCGAGUCGUAGCUCGGGUCGCUUGGGGGAGUCCUCUCGGUCGGGGUCGGCCCGGUCACAGAAGCACGGCGUGGAGGGCUUCAUGGGCUUCCUCAAGACGACUUUGGGAGGGCAGAAGAGGAGGCAGGGGCCAUCCACUAGAAGGAGGAUGCCAUAUUAUGUCGAUGAUGAUGAGGUCUCCUCUUCUUACACAGCCUCCCCUGGGUAUAGUGAGUUCUCCCACGUCCAGGAUGCAGAGGAUAUCCUAGGGUCGAAUGACGGCAAGUUUUCUAUCGGUGGAGUCUUUGGUAAGGGUGGUGGCGAAGAGGAGGAAGAAGAAGAGGAGGCGGACUGCUUUGAAAGCCAGAUGGAUCAGCAGACCCCCUUGGGCCCUGAUCCCAGGACAUGUAGCCUCCUCAUGGAGUACAGACAUCUCCAAGACAAUGCCCCAAGGGGCCUCUAUGUCUGUCCGGAUGCCCAGGACCUCCUCAUCUGGCACUGUGUGCUCAUACUACGGCAAGGCCAUUAUAAAGGAGCCAUUCUGAAGUUUAUAUUGCGGAUUUCGGAAGACUAUCCUGACUCGGCCCCGACGGUCCAAUUCAUCACCCGCGUCUAUCACCCUCUAGUCGAGGAGGCCUCUGGCAUGUUGGAUAUCUCUCUGGCCUUCCCCACUUGGCAGCCUGGUCGGGACUAUGCGGUAUUGGUCCUUGCCUUUGUCAAGAAGAUAUUCUAUAGGAGUGAUCUCAUAGGGUGGCGUGGGGGUGAGGAAUGGGUGCCGAACCCUGCAGCUCUGAGGGCUUUUAACAUGGCAUUUGAGCAGGGGGAUAAGACCUUUCAAAGGGAAGUUGAUAAAUGUAUAAUGGAGAGCCAACGGGAAGUGUUCUUGUCGUCCUCUUCCCUCCCCGGCUGUACACUGGUAUUCAAGGAAUAUGACGAUGCCACAGAGUCGGCCCAUUCGAUGAUAUCAGCAGCCCUCCGCAACAUGCCCGAGGAGCUGGUUGGCCCUCAGAGGACUCAGGCCUUUUGUGAUUGGCUCACCGAGAGGUUCAUCCCGCGUUGCGAGGCUCAGCGACAGGAGUCCACGCGGGACCAGCCUGAGAUCAAGCAGCUCUGGACUGGGCCUGAGGACGAGCAACAAGGGGAACGCUCAGUGGAGUUACCGUCAAAGGAAGAAAGGCGUCGCUUCAGAGGCACCAAUUAUGGCUAA